GAUCUAAAGGGUUGCUCUUUGAACUUCCUGUAUGUACUUAUGUUUGUUGUGGUGUUUGGUGAUUCAUCAUUUGGUGCUGACCAACAACACACACUUCUUCUUCGACAUUCAUCAUGGCUUCGACAUCGGACACAGCGCUCAAGGAAGAAAUCGCUCGACUAACAGGUCAUCUUGCUCUGUUAUAUCGGAUUUCAUAUCUAACAAGCCACUUAGGCGCCAUCAAUCAACAUAAAUCCACACAGGGAUCCUUCUCAGCCCCCAGGAGCAACGCAUAUUUCAAUCCAAAGUACAAACCGCCAGCAUCUUAUAGACCCUCCGAAUAUCAGAAACCAGCAACAAAGUAUAUUCGCCCACCAACAAGGUUACCCCAUCCACCUCAGGCCUCGUCUACCCGUGACGUUGUUAUCGAUGGCGUGACUUUCGAAUCAUCAACGAGAUCUCUCGUGCGCAAGGAUUUGCCCAAGCCACCAUCUGCUCCACCCAAGGCUCCACUUCGGCCAAUUCCUCAGCAAGUAGAUUUUUCCAGGACAACCACAGGGCACAUGGUCCCGGCUGGCCGUGCAUACAAGCCCAAGGUCUCAUCGCGGGCUCGUCAACGUCGGCCAAGAAACCGAAACAUGACUCUCGAUAAUACUCGAGGUUCUCAACAACGUAGGAACAAGCGCAUGAAAUACCUUGACAAACCCUGCCCCCGGUUCACAACUACAGGUGCCUGCAGCCGCGGUCUAACUUGCAUGUAUCAGCAUGACCCCAACAAGAUCGCCAUCUGCUGGAGCUUUUUGCAUGGCAACUGCUCCAGCACUGUUGAAACCUGUAACCUCUCACACGACCCGACCCCUGAACGGACGCCUCUAUGCGUGCAUUUUGCCAACAACGGACGAUGCACUCGAGAAAACUGCCCUUUCCCGCACGUCCGUGUGGGACAACGACGCGGCGUGUGUCGCGACUUCGCAGUACUUGGUUACUGCGCCAAGGGCCUCGACUGCGAGAUGCAACAUGUCAGAGAGUGCCCAGACUUUGCUGAGAAAGGAAUCUGCUCGACAAAGGGAUGCAAGCUUCCGCAUGUCAUUCGCGCCAACCGCAACCGCAAGCCUCCAGUGCCAACAGCCUCAUUGACCUCGGGUGUUGCUGCUGCGACUUCUUCCGCUGUCAUUACUGGUUCUGAUACUAGCUCUGACAAUGUUUUGAGUUCACAGCAUGUCCCAGUCGAGGAUGCCCGGCUCGGGGAUGAGUAUAUUUCUCUCAUGUUCAAUGAAAGUGAGGAAGAAAGCGAUGAUGAUGAUGACGACGAAGAAGGGGAUGACAGUGGUGAGGAAGAGGGCUUAAGCCCCAACGACGAAAUAGAUGGUUCAGACGACGGUCCAUUGACGUGAUCUCAUUAUCAUUUUUUGUUGAUGUACAUAUCACUUCGGCACAUGUAUACAAUUUCUUGAUUCUUCAAG